UCUCCCGGAAGGACCAAGCCCUCAACGACGUCGUUUAACGUUUUUGAGACAUUUCUCGCCUUAAAAAUCCCUUUAAAUGUAAUGUAGUCGCAUUGUAGCUUAUCGUAUGUAUUUUGUUAUUGCGUUUUAAUAACUUAGACUUUUAUUGUGAAGAGUAGAGGAGGGCGUUUCGUCACUGUGUCCAGCUUCACGUCGCCGAGAUCAAUAAAUGUAGCUUGUUAGCAGUAAAACCGCUAACAUGCUAGCUGUUAUUUGAUGCUUUAUGAGGCUAACAGUGAUGCUGACUAACUGUCGCUGUGCUCCGCUAUGAGUUAAGCUGGCUAGCGACAGUGUGGUGAGAUUGCAUCACUAACUAGGUGAUGUCCGCCCAGCAGCCUCUGCAGCACUCCUGGGAGGAUCCAGCAGCCUGCUAACAGAGCCAGCCCGGCUAGCUCAUGCUGAUGACUGGCUGUUUCCUGACAUUGAUUUGCAGUGGGAGGCACCAUGGCCGGUAAGGUGAAGUGGGUGACAGAUAUUGAGAAAUCAGUGCUCAUCAACAACUUUGAGAAGAGGGAAUGGGUUCAAGUCACAGAAAACGACGACUGGAAUUUCUACUGGAUGAGCAUCCAGACCAUCAGAAAUGUGUUCAGCGUGGACACCGGCUACCGCCUGUCAGAUGAGCAGAUGGUUAACCACUUCCCCAACCACUACGAGCUGACCAGGAAGGACCUGAUGAUCAAGAACAUCAAGCGCUACCGCAAGGAGCUGGAGAAGGAGGGCAGUCCGCUGGCAGAGAAGGACGAGAACGGGAAAUACAUUUAUUUAGAUUUCGUCCCUGUCACAUUCAUGCUCCCUGCCGAUUAUAAUCUUUUUGUGGAGGAGUUUCGCAAGAACCCGUCCAGCACUUGGAUCAUGAAGCCCUGCGGGAAGGCUCAGGGCAAAGGCAUCUUCCUCAUAAACAAACUGUCCCAGAUCAAGAAGUGGUCCAGAGACAGCCGCACCUCCACGUUCGUUGCAGCUUCCAGCGGCAAAGAGGCCUACGUCAUCUCCCUGUACAUCGACAACCCUCUGCUGAUAGGAGGGAAGAAGUUCGACCUGCGUCUCUACGUCCUAGUGACCACGUAUCGGCCAUUAAAAUGCUACAUGUACAAGCUCGGCUUCUGUAGGUUCUGCACAGUCAAGUACACGCCCAGCACCAGUGAACUGGACAAUAUGUUCGUUCACCUCACCAAUGUGGCCAUCCAAAAACAUGGGGAUGACUACAACCAUGUCCAUGGAGGCAAGUGGACGGUCAGUAACCUCCGUUUGUACCUAGAGAGCACCAGAGGGAAGGAGGUGACCAGCCGACUGUUUGACCAGAUCCACUGGAUCGUGGUGCAGUCACUGAAGGCCGUAGCUCCUGUGAUGAACAAUGACAAGCACUGUUUCGAGUGUUACGGGUAUGACAUCAUUAUUGAUGACAAGCUCAAGCCAUGGCUUAUCGAGGUCAAUGCCUCUCCCUCGCUGACCUCCAGCACAGCCAACGACCGCAUCCUGAAGUACAACCUCAUCAACGACACCCUCAACAUCGUCACUCCCAACGGAGACAUCCCAGACUGCCGCUGGAAUCGCAGCCCGCCCCGAGAGGCCCUGGGCAACUAUCAAGUCUUGUAUGACGAGGAGCAGGCGCAGAGCGAGAAUGCCGAGCGUGACCUGCGGAGCCGCUCGGGUCAGGCCCUGGGGUCGAAGGGCACCAAGGGGAGCGCAGGCGUUCGACCGGCUGCCGCCACCUGGAAGUGAGGUGAUAUUUGCUGACUCUCAAUGACUUCCUGUACAUUAUUACAGGUUCCAACACUGGAGCACAGGGGGAUAAAAAAAAGACUAUUUUUAGCCUAACUAUUGGAUGGAGGACUGCUCCCUGUCUCCACAUUUCAAUGACAGAGUUCACAGGGGGCGACAACUCUACUGCUGGAGGGGAGGUCGUAUUUGGAAAGUUUAAAGGCCAGAAUUUGUCGCCGUUUGUAUGAAUGAGUAACUAAAAA